GCCCUGCAAGCCUCCUUUUCCUAUCCUUGGACCGACGCAAGUGCUGCUUCCUCUCUCGUUUUUCGUCAUGCUGCUGUCGUGCUGGGCGUGGGCUGCGGUUUUGCUUUUNNCGUCUUCCGUUACCUUCGACUUGUUGUCAACUUGAUCUCCAAUUGGACAUAUGAACCCAUCCCCGUACCCGAGAGUCCCAACUACACCAACAAGGAUGUCACUGUCAUCAUUCCCACUAUCGAAGGGGAAGGAGAAAAUCUCUGCCGGACGAUAAAGACGUGUUUGGCAACACAGCCUUUCGAAAUUAUAAUUGUCACCAUCGAUGCUAGCAUCAAAAGGGCCGAGAGGACUGCUGCUACUUUCAACACCAGUAAGAUUCGCAUACUGAGUGUGGCAAAGGCCAACAAGCGAAGCCAGAUGUGCGCUGCCAUCCCUGAGGUUAUGACCAAGAUCACCAUCUUUGCGGACGACGAUGUGAUCUGGCCCAAAACCAUUCUUCCAUGGAUACUAGCCCCCUUUGAAAACGACGAGAUGGGUGGCGUAGGAACGUCUCAGCGUCUGAUGCGUCCCAAGAAGCCGACUAUCUGGAGCUUCCUUGGAUCUCUUUACCUAGAAAGACGCAAUUUCGAUUGUUCUGCAUGUCUUAAUAUUGACGGUGGGUUGCCUUGUCUUUCGGGUAGGACAGUUGCAUAUCGCACCUGUAUUCUGCAAGACGAUGCAUUUACCUAUGGUUUCACGAAUGAGACAUGGAGAAACUUUCAACUCAAUGCCGACGACGACAACUUCAUCACCCGCUGGAUGUAUACACAUGGCUGGAAGAUUGCCAUGCAAUAUCACAAGGCCUGCGAGGUACAAACAACCCUCGAAGAUAGCCCGAAGUACUUGAAACAGUGUCUUCGCUGGGUACGCAGCAACUGGAGGAGUAAUUUGACAAGCAUGUUCGUCGAGAGACAUUAUUGGAGAUCGACGCCCUGGACAACUUAUGCAGUUCUCCAGACUACUCUCACCGCGUGGGCUUUCACAGACUUCUUGAUUUUCUUUGUCUUUUACAGAGCUACAGAGGACCUGCCAGCAGACACUCGACGAGACCUUCUGACUGCAGUUGGUAUAUGGAUCUUUUUAUUUGCAAAAUCCAUCAAGCUCUACGGCCACUUCAUCCGCUAUCCUGCCGACCUCUUGUGGUUGCCUUGCUCGAUACUCUUUGGUCAUGUUCAUGGAUUCAUCAAGCUUGCAGGAUUGCUGACACUCUCUGCUGUACGUUACUCUGUGCUU